AUGGUUGAUCUAGGAGAUUCGGAAGGGAUGUCUAUUCUCUUAUCGAGAUUACUGAACAGAGCUUUGGGUUCUCAAGGCGAAGUAAACAUCAGGCAGAGGACACUUGUUGUGAAGGAACACCUACACAACGCCUUCAACAAGGCCUUAGUUCUGUACAUGGCGGGGAGUUGUUCUGAAGGCUUUAUGAUGAAAGAUUCAGAUAACGACGAAAUGCUGAUAGACAACAAUGUAUGUGUUUUUUACCCAAAUCAACAUAUUCCUACAGAAUAUAAUGACAAAAUUAUACUCUUCAUGCACAAGGCACAGAACUGUCAACCUGGAUAUGUAAAAUUGCAACUAAUGUUGUGGCAAACACGGAGCUUUAGCAGAAUGUUAUCUAAUGCGUUUGUCGAGAUUGAAGGAGAUGUGUUCCUCUCUAGUGAUAUAUACAGAGAGGAAGUUAUCAGAGUAGGACGUAUGUGUGGAAUUGACAGCUCCUCCCACGGACCAAGCUCUAGUGGUGAAGCAACAAAACUUCGCAGGGCGUUUGACGUCGUCCACGGCUUCCCGUGCAUGUCUUGGCCAAAGGAGGCAUCUGGAUGGGUAAGAAGAACUCGGCUUUAUGGCUGGCCAAGUCAAACGCUGAUAGAUAUGAUUGUAGAAAAAGGUUGCCAUGUUGUUCCGAUAGGCGAUAAGUGUUCCGACGAUACCCUACUGCAGUGGAGGAUAUCAUUUGCUACUGCAGAGAGACGUUUAGUUCAUUCACUAAAUCAUACCCAAUUCCAGGUAUAUGGCUUGUUGAAAAUCCUUUUAAAGAAUCUCAAAGAUUCACUGCAAAAUAUCUUUGGAGAGGAAGAUAUUCUUUGUUCAUAUUUCUUAAAAACAAUAAUAUUCCAUGCAGUAGAAAAUACUCCGAGACAAUUCUGGAAAGAAAGCAACACUUUCCUCUGCUUUUGGUUUUGUUUCAAUGUUCUCAUCGUUUGGGUAAAAUCCGGAUACUGUCCUCAAUACUUCAUCCCAACAAACAAUCUCUUCAAGAGGCACAUCCACGGGGAUAAUCAACAAAAAAUACUAUAUCUACUGAUAGAACUUCAUCAGAUGAAAUGGCAAUGUUUAUCUGUCGGCACGUACUACCAGCCCAAUAUCAUAGAACGUCUUCUUGACAGAAGAACACAAGUUAUCCUUAAACAAUCGGACUCGCCACUAGAAUUAGAAUCACGACACGAUCUGGCACUCUAUACUUGUCUUUCCAGACACAUAACCGUAGCACGGAACGUACAGGACAGAGCGGGGCUAGCUCAUGCAUUUCAAUCCCUCUUGUCUUCAAAGUCGGAGUUGGAUGAUUUCCUGGUUUACUUCAAUACAGUGGAAGUACUUUCAAGAAUGGGAAUGUCAAACUUCUGCUCCAUCACCGCCACAACUACUACCACCAGCAAUAACAAAUCCAAGUACAGAAGACUACGAGAAAGCAGAAACCUUGUGAUGCCGAAAGCAAUGUUCGGGACAGAACUCUUAUAUUUAGCAACGUUCCACUAUCAAACAGGAAAUUAUUGGAAAUCUGUGCAAAUGUGUCGGUCUGUAUUAUCUUUAGUCCGGUAUUAUCCGAAAGAUUCCAGUUUGUAUACGAAAGAAUUCUGUGGACGUGGACAUUCGCUUCUAUUCAAAACGAAACAGACAUUUACUUCAGUGUUAUAUUUCGGGAAAGCAUUGAAAAGAAUAUGUCUUCCCCAUCUACAAAAAGAGUUGGAAGAACACCCAGACGGCACCAUGGGUAUCCCACCCCUGCCUUAUGCAGCGUUCCUUGCAUUUUUGGAUUAUCACGAGCUCGGAGACGUUAAGGGACGUGACGCAGCCCUCCGUAACCUGAUAGUGUUGAAGUAUGACGAAGAAGAAGGAGGACACAUGCAUUGGAUAGUACACACUUUACUGGGCAUCUGCUACCAAACUCUGGGGGACAGUCACAAGGCCAUCCGGGCUUACAGAGAGUCACUUCAGGUCGACUUAGAGUGGAAUCCGGCUAUAGAGAGGAUCCAAGCCUUAAAACUUGAUGAACGUGCAUCUCCUGCCGAGUUAAAUAAUGGAGGUGAUGAACUUUGUGUUUAG